AUGAGCACCACACAGCGUUCUGAAAGCAUGAAUGCUUUUUUCGAUGGUUUUGUGCAUUCCGGUACAACGUUGAAAGAAUUCAUCGAUCAAUUUGACAAUGCACUGCGGAAGAAGGUAGAGCUCGAGACGACCGCUGAUUUCAAUUCGUCCAACCAAACCAUCCCAUGUUCCUCCGCAUUCCGCAUUGAAAAGCAGUUUCAAUCCGUGUAUACGAACGCAAAAUUUAAAGAAGUCCAACGAGAGGCGUGGGGAAUGAUUUUAUGUAACUGCAUACUUAUCAGCAAGGAAGGUUGCAUUUCCACCUACGAUGUUUUAGAUGAAAUUACAACUAAUGAUGACCAUGUCAAGAGCAUCAAGUACACAGUUUACUUUAACAAUGAGGAGGUUGAUGUGAAAUGCACCUGUGCGUUGUUUGAGAUGAGAGGAAUUGUCUGUAGACAUGCAUUGAACGUUUGUCAGAUGAAUAAGAUUCAUGCGCUACCGGAGAAGUAUGUCUUGAAUCGUUGGAGGAAGGAUUUAAAGAGAAGAUACACAAUGGUAAAAAGUAGCUACGACGACUUACGACAAAAUGCAAAUUCAGGGAGGUAUGAGCUUGUGGUGAAACGAUGUUCCAAAUUAGCAACCCGUGUAUCGUCGAGUGAUGCCCAUGUUACUGCAUUUAUGCUCCACUUGGAUGAGUUUGAGAAUAAAUUUAAAGGAUUAACACAAGAGUCCGGUUCAACAAAAGUAGCAGAGACUGUGCAGACAGACAAGGGUAAGAAAAUAUUAAGCCCACAUGUUGUCCGAGGGAAAGGGAGUCCGCCAACAAAAAGGAAGGUCCCACCUGUGGAGAAGGCUGUGACUAGGCGAAAGAAUAAACAGGUAAGAAAUCUUUAUUUUUAUUAA